AUGCCACCCGAAAGGGUCCCAGAUCCAUUGCGGCAGAAGUUUCUUCCGCAUCAUAGUGGCUACCAACUCGAGUACUCUAAAUAUCUCGACAUUCGCAAGGGUUCUGAUUGCAACGUGAAGUUCUUCAGGAACUGUUCCGGAGAAUUCGUGAAUUUUAUUGCGCUGCAUUGCGCGAACUGCGUUGCCCUUUGUCGUCCUUCGGGAGAUCGGUCGGAGACUCGCUAUGUGUUUCCGGAGGAACUAACUGUUAAGGACAUUGAGUAUAUACGGUGCGAAGAUGGUGGAUAUGGUUUUGUCGUGGCACUGAACAGUACAGGAAUAAGCGUCCAUCCUCACUGUGUUGCCCUUCUUCGUUGGAAUGGUGCUCAGCUACAACUUGUUCGGAAAUUAAAAAUGGAUCAAGAAAUUACGUGUUUGAAAGUGGUGGCCGAUGAUGAGAGCAUGAUUCAUCUGAGUCCACUCCUCCAUCCUAAGAUGAUUUCGUGGCCACAUAUUGUUGCUGUUGGAACUCGUUAUGCUCACUGCUAUCUGUUUCAUUUCGAUCAACUACAACAACAGCAGAAGGAUGAUGUUCAUGUUCCGCUUUCUGGCACUCUAACGGAUGGGCUAAGUCCCGAAAAAGAUAAGUCGUUAGUUUUCUUCACAUACGUCGCCAGUGAUAGGAAUGGGUGCUGUCUGAAGGGGGGCCUGUUUGAUCUCAAUGCGUACUACUACGAGCGUAUGGUAGGAUCCGUCGUUCAUGAUGGAACAGCUGCUCAGCAAUGUGCAUUUAUGUCGUUAGUUCAUCCUAUACCUGUGCAUCUUAAAGAUGAGGACUUUUCAUUAGUGAAGGAUUCUAUUGUUGAUACAAGCCUUAUUACUCGGUUUAUAUCCAAUGUCAGUGACGCUGAACAAAUGUUCUAUCCUUCCGCCCUGGAAGUACAAAUUUUUUCGAUAUAUGUCGCCGGUACGAAAAAAUGUUUCCAAUUUACUCUUCCAAGUCUUCCAAAUCAGUUGCUCUCGGUUAUUUGUGCUGAUCUCGAACUGCAUGUUGCCGAUGCGAAGCCUGCGUCAACAUGGCUGACUGCCUUAGGAUUUUAUAAAAAGGAGACUUAUUCUGCAAAAGAUCAGUAUGGACAUUUGUGUUCGGUAUUGAGUGUGCUCAUCAGCCAUCAACGUGCAGGAGCCAUUGUACAAUUCAUCAAACACUGCGAAUCUCCAGAAUCACGUCACAUGAUUGCUACAUGGAUUUGGGAAGAGAUUGAUAAGGCUAGUAAGAAACUGCAUGAAGCAAUUGCUCCAUUAUUCGCGCGAUUUUCUGCCCCGCUUUCUCCUGCUGGUCGAAAAUCGUUGGCUCACGUACACGAUGUUUUCGUUGCUGGUUUGCAGAUUAUUCGAGAGUUAGUUGGUAGUCGUGAUCGUGAACAAGAUGAAACAAAGGAAUACAUGACAAGUUUGGAAGCGCAGCUCUUUGCUGUUGAGAAUCUGUUGUCGUAUUCGACUGUUAUUCACCAGCUUAUAUACUCGAAGAUUUUGCCUGUGGCCGAAGAUAGGGAGAUCCGUCUAGCAAUGGAGGAUUCCCUAAAGGAGCGCAGAUCUAAAAUUCCUGGUAGACAACUCAACGUUGACAAACUUGUUACUCGAAUGCGUAAAAGAUCUCCGAGCGAGCCAUUAUGGCAUGCAGAAGGUCCUCAAUGGUACCCACCGGCACUCUUGAAUCUUCUUGGUCCGAUUCUUCUCCUAAACAUUCCUACUCUGUGGAAAGGCCAGCUUCUCGCAUUUUAUCUGUUAGAUUAUGCAAAUUGUACAAUAGCAUGUACGGGUGGCUCCGGUUUGGCUGAGAAUAUUGCUGAUGUGGUGACGAGACAGAUGAACGGUAUUCUCUCAAUGAACAAAGACGAGAUACAAAAUGUGUACAAAAUGUGGUGCGCCGAUUGCGAAAAUUUGAUUCUGGAAGGUUCAUCUAAACAAUCGUCUCCCUGUUCCGAAGAAUUGUCUAUGAGUUCCGAGGCAAAGCGAUUGAUGAGUAUUCCCCGUACACUUAGUGUUGUUGAAGAAAAAAAGCUUAAAUCGAUACUGGAAUCAGUUCCUUUCGGAAAAUUUCGUUGGCAGUGCUAUUUAGCUAGGAAUCGUCGAUAUGACGAAAUGUCGGAAUUACCAAUACCUUUGAAUGCUGAUCAUGACGAAGGUGUUCUUGAAUACCUCCAGUUGUUGCCUGCCAUAAAGAUGCUUCGAAAGAGUGUUAUCUGUUCAUCAAUGAAGUUAGUAAAUCAGCCAGCUUGGCCAGCAAAUAUUAAACAAGCAAUUGAGAAAUUUGAGCAUGAGAGAUGUUUACAUUCUUCAUCAUAUGAAAGCGAACCUCGUCUGCUUAAUCACGGCAAAACGCCAGUGCAUCUAAAGUUAAAUUCUAAAAUUAACACAAAUGGAUGGAUAGGAGCUUUGGGUGCUGAUCAACACUUUAGCAAAAGUUUUCCUUCGCGUAUUAGCGAGCCAUCUGAUGCUACACCAUCUCGAAAAUCUACUGAUUUGAACUCCAGCGAAGACGAUCUGCUAUUUUCGAGGCUCGUAUUAAAUAUUUCUAUCAACACUUUAAACAACAUAACGGACAUACUACGGACACCAAGGGCACGUGCUUGCGCCGCUGCACAAGCGGAAUCUCAACGCAAGUGGAUCGACACAACUCCUGAGGGUGAACUUCGAACAGCAGCUCCUCGUAGCAUUCUUAAGUCUGGAAAGUGGGACCGAGUGACAUCACCAUCACGAACCCGACUCCAUUUCGAUCUUCCUUCGUCAAAUUCAUCUCUCAACAUUUCUGAAAAUUUUGAAAAGAUAACUCAGCCUAAUUUCGAUGAGUCGUUCGAAUACUAUGGGAGAGAUGAGAGAAUGGAUAUGACCACAGAAGAGUUUGUACCUCUAGUCAGCCCCGAUCGUGAUCAUUCGGAAGAUAUUAACGAUAUCUUGCAAAAAUCGCUUGAAGUCCAAGAUGAAGAUGAAGAGGAAGGAGGAGAUUAUGGCAGAAGUACGGUAGAAAUUGAGGAGAUGGGUGUGACUACAGAGCAGUUUGUACCUCUAGUCAGCCCCGAUCUUGAACAUCAUAAUCAAUCUUCAAUGGUAACUGACAAAGAAUUUCAAACAACUAAUUCUGUUUUACAAGGUGUUAACGGAGUGUUGCAAAAAUCGUUUGAAGUCCAAGACGAAGAUGAAGACGAAGGAGAAGGCUAUGGAAGAAGUACAAUAGAAGUUGAGCAGCAGAAUGAGGAUGACUUUGGUAAUAUUGCUGAGAAUCCUUCGGAAAUCUACUUCGAGGAACAGGAAGAAGAAGAAAUUCCGCAGGAGUGUGAUGGAGUAACUUUGGGUGAGAAUUACGAUCGACAGCGGGACCAUGGUUCUUGGGCGCUCGAAGAAAAAGAUUUAAGAACUUCCAUAGAGAUACAGGAAGAGAGUUGUGAAGUUGACACUGCUGCUCCUGUAAGGUAUAGAACUGCUGUAUCUGCGAAAGUUGAAUUUGGAGCGAAUUCCGAGAGUGAAGAUAGAAUAGAGGGACCAGUGAUUUCGCAACUCGAGAAGCAAGUGGAAUUUGAUAUUGAGGACGGAAAACAUGUUCAGGAGAUAUCUGGAGAUAAGACUGUUGAGAGCAGUGCUCGGUCAAAUUCAGUAGCUGAGAACAUUUCAGUUCCAGCUGACAACGAUCCUCUGUGUUCUGUUUCGGUAACGUUAGACGUUCCGUUAACAAUGUUGAACCGUAUGGAUUCCCCAACAGCAUCUACCGACACGGGGAAGAGUGUUGUGGUUUGUGCAUCGUCUCAGUCUGAGAAAACACACUCUUCCAAUACUUUAACUGCUAGGAAACAUGGUUCAUCGAAAAAGACUGGUCGUUUAUCUGGCACUCCAACAAGGCAUUCGCUGCGAUUGCGGGAAAGAGUUGUCGAGGCAGUUGGCAAAGAGACUGAAGAUGGUGAUGUUCUGAACAGUAAUACAAGUCAAUUAGCUCUAUCAGGGAAGCAUGAUGCUAGCGAUGUGAAAACGUUGACACCACCAAGAAAAAGAUCACCUGCAAGAAAGCGUAAGAAUGCGGAGGUCACUCAGUCUACAAAAUUGCAACUGCCUACUCCAAACUCGACGGUAACUGUUGAUGAGGAAUCGGACGCUGGUACCACUGGAACUCAUCGAGUAUUACGAAGGUGUGAUUUAGGAGAACGCCCACAAGAGCUAGAGAAGGAGAACGGUUGCCUACUCCUGCAUCAAAAACUUCAAGGUGAUUUACCCAACGAGGGAAUCAUUACUAAAGAAGCUGACGGGUCUGUUUUUUUAGAACAACUCGGAAAAUCAGUGGACAUGGUAAAGAAGCACAUAUUGACAAUCAGCCUAAAGCUGGUGAAGAGGGUUCUAGGCACAUCGGGAUUCCCAGCUCUUGGAGGACUUGACGCUCGAUCGUUUUUUAACAUGGUAACCGAACGAAAGAUAGCUGAAAUCGAAAGCAGUCGACGAAGAACUCUAUCAGAUUCUGGUGUCUUGGACCCGCAAUCGAACUCUGGACAAGUUAAAGUGUUAGACGCUAUUCCUGAAGUUGAAGAGGAAUCAAGGUCACGAAGAAGUCGAAGUCGUAUCAAGGAAAAAGAUGAUAUUGGGGCUUCUACAAACAAUAAGAAAAAGACACCACGACCUAGACGUGCUACUAGCGCAAGCAUUUUGGAAGAAACUCCUCCAAGGAUUACGCGAACGCAUAGUGGUGAGAAAUAA